AUGUUGAUUUAAAAAUUGACAGAUUUAGAAAAAUAAAAAAGUUCUUUUAAGUAGAUUUAUUAAUAACAAUAAUGGCAAUAAAUGAUUUAACCAUUAGGUUAAUAAGUAUUUAGUAUAGACACAACAAGUGUACUUGAGACAUCAGAAUAAGUAUUAGCAGGAUAAAAGGAAUUAUCAAGGAAAUUAGAUAAUUAUAUUGCUACAUUAGGAUUGGUUUAAAAAAUAUCAGAGGAUGGAUUGGAGAUUUUGAAAAAAGAGGAAGCUUAAAUUGCUAAUUAUUAAAAGGUAUAGUAAUAAAUGAAAGACUUUCAAGAAUAAUUAUAGGGUGUGAAUAGUGGAAAGCAUAAUUUUACUACUCCAUAAUAAUAUUAAGAAUAAAUAAUACGUGAAUAGAUGGAACAUUUAGAUUUAUUAUAAAAUGCAAUAGACAAAAUUAUUCAUGGUUAUGAAAAGGAACCAAAUAUGAAUCAAGAUGAAAUAUUAUAAUGUAAAUAUCUACAUUUACAAGCAUUAACUCGUUAUCUAUAUAUGCUUUCCUUGAAAAUUCGAAAUAUUAAUGAAAGAAGUAUUUUAAGUAUAUUUAAUAAGCUACUGCUUUUGAAGUUAAAGUGUUAUCAUAAUUUUAGAGUGAUAAAAGAUCUGAUGAUUUUAGUACAAUAGAGACAUAGAAAGAGAUUUUGGAUAGAAUAUUAAGAGAGGAUAUAUGA